GCGGCAUGAGCCAAAGCGCGAGCGAGCGCCUGAGUGAGUUCGCGAGCCGCGCUUCGUGCGCAGUCGACGCCCGCACGUUUCGCGGGCGCUCCGCGGGCGGAACUGCGGCCGAGGCCGCUUUUACGAGGCGCGAAGAACCCGUAGCCUGUAUAAGGGCCCGGCCUGGCCUGGGAAAGUCUUGAGUCUGAGCCUCCCGGUGACCCCAGGCUCAGCGGUUGCCACGGAAGCAAGACUUCGCCCACGGAGACGUUUCUUGUCCCCGCCAUGUCUUAGUGAUCUCGGGGAGUCUCUGCCUUGCCUGACUCAACCUGGGAGGGAAAUACUGGAGGCGUGGCACUCAUGUGUACCGAAUGCCUGCUUGGAGGAGAAGAGAGACGUGCCAUUCUUCUUUUCCCAUCUUUCCCUUUUCCUGACUCUCCCUCAAAGAGGACCUUAAGUGACAGAGAUUCAGGAAUAGGAAACGUAAAUCUAGCUAUCAUUUGGAAGCAAUGAGUUUAAAACCCUUCACCUACCCGUUUCCAGAGACGAGGUUUCUUCACGCAGGACCCAAUGUGUAUAAAUUCAAAAUUAGAUAUGGCAACAGUAUCAGAGGGGAAGAGAUAGAAGAUAAGGAAGUCAUCCUCAAGGAGCUGGAGGAUUCUAUUCGUGUGGUCUUGGGAAACUUGGACAAUCUGCAGCCAUUUGCUACAGAACACUUCAUUGUAUUUCCCUAUAAAAGCAAAUGGGAAAGAGUGUCCCACCUGAAAUUCAAAUAUGGGGAAAUCGUCUUGGCCCCCUAUCCAUCUGUUUUUACUCUGUAUGUGGAGAUGAAAUGGUUUCGUGAAAAGCCGUCACCUGGGAAACCAAUAAAUGACAGUCCUCUUGGAUUGGAGUCUGGUUCCUCUCUGAAGGUGCCGGCGGAGACGAAAGCAGCAGGAGCCAUGAUGAGAAAACGAGCACGAGUGGAAGUACCCAGCCCCCUGCACAGGCCAGAGCUGGACAGGGCCAAGAUGGGGAUUUCCAGCCAAGGCCCCAGCAAAAAGAGGCCCCUUAUGGAAACCAGGAGGAACAUGGAAAGAAAAACCAAGCAGAAAUGUCAGGAGAGCCCAACGUUUGAUAUCACUGAUGUCCAGGAACAGGAUUCUAAGCUGGGGGACAGCCUAGUGAGACAGAUCAUCCCCCCAUUGCAGCAAGACAAUCCAUCUCCACCGGAAAGGCCCGCAGAGCUGGCAACCAAUGGCUUCUUUGGGUUUCUAAGCUCUCUCUUCCCCUUUCGUUAUUUCUUCGGAAAGAGCAGCCGGUGAGUCUUCCAGAUGCAGCAGUGGGAAGAGCGUCCUCUCGCAACGACUCUUCCCAUUCCACCCUCCAUGCGUGACAUUUCAGUCAAGGGGAACGUGGGCCCUAAACCCUCUGAGUCCUCUUGUGGGUUUGUCCUAUCCUUUGCCUCUUUACAGUGGAUUUUUUUUUUCUUAAUUUAAAACACUAAGAAAAGAACUUCCUAAAAUGUUCUAGUCUGAGAAUUGUACGCUCUGAGGGCCAGUUUAGGUCUUUCGUCUCCAGCACUUAGGAUCCUAAUGAAAAUAAAUUAUUUAUGAAGA